AUGUGUAUCAUCAUUCAAACAUGGCUGGAUGUGUUGAGGUUUGCCCUGAGUUUGCAUUUAAUUAUACUCACUCGACUCGCAAUUUGGGCUUUAUCGGCAUUAACUCUACCGGCACGGGCUUUCACGGCCCUCUACAGAGAGAGGCUGCUGGAGAUGCAAGUCUAUAGACUGAAAAACGAGUUAGAAAGCUUUAUCUUGGAUAGGAAAGAAGCAGAGGAAAAACUUCGUUUAGCUAUCGAAGAACUUAAAUCGAUGGAGAUGUUACUAAUGGAGCUCGAAGAAGAACACGACCAAGCCAUCAUGAAAAUCGAAACGCUAGAAAGAGAGGUCCAUGACUUGAAAGAUCACACGGUGGCCGAUAGUUUCAUUAAAUCACCUUCAAAAUCCGACAACUACGAAAAAAUCGCAAUGACCGUAAAAAACGGGUCAAAUGUUUAUGGUGCUCAAAGUCAAAGGAAAGUUGCUCUGUAUCGAAGCCUAUUUAGUACGGUAUUAUCUCUUACGGUUGGUUUUGUAAUGUGGGAAGGAGAGAAUACUUGCAUGCCUUUAGUUUUGGCGCUUUUUAUGGUGGUUAUAAUUUCGUUGAUGAGUGUUGCUCGGUUAUUUGGGUCGGUCGAGAAUAAACCGGGUUCGGAUGCUAUUGCUCUAUUGAGCCUCAACUGGUUUGUGCUCGGGACAAUAUCAUGUCCUAUUUUGCCGAGGAUCGCUCGUUUUUUGGCGCCCUUAACGUUGACUUUGGUAAAGAAUGUGCUUAGAUGGGUUGGUCUAUGA